AUGCUCAUUUCGCUAGCUGCAGCGACAAGGAAGGGGUAUCACAAUAAACUUCUGUGUUCCCUUUUUGUAAAUAACAGUACAAAGCAAAGCUUCUUAAAGAAAGGUUCCCUCGCGCGAGGAAGAAGCAAUUCAUCUUGUGCGAGAUCGUUCUCCACAAAAAUGGAAGACCCCAGAGAGUUCAUAGCUGUGUAUGUUACGGCGCCUGGAAGCGAUGUCGCUGAAAAGAUAUCAAAUGUGCUGCUUGAAGAUGGGCUAGCCAGUUGUGUGAACAUCAUCCCCGGCGUCCUCAGCUUAUAUCACUGGAAGGGCGAGAUAGCUCGCGAUAACGAAGUCCUGAUGAUGAUCAAAACGAGGAAGCAUUUAUUUUCCAAAAUUGUGGACGCAGUGAAAGCAAACCAUCCCUACGAAGUGCCAGAGGUCAUUUCGAUCCCAAUACAUCAAGGCAGCAAGGUCGGUUCGGAGUAG